AUGAAUGACAACUACGCACUGCCCCGAGGCAGUAAAAUCCUGGUAACAGGUGCUAAUGGCUACAUCGCCUCUCACGUUGUUGACCAAUUACUUGCCCUUGGUUAUACCGUGCGAGGGACCAUUCGCUCACCCAAGCCAUGGCUCAACGAAUAUUUCAAUGAGAAAUAUGGAUCAAACAGCUUCGAAACAUUCAUCAUGUCUUCAUUUGGGGAUAAGACGACUGUGAAGCGUGCACUGGAUGGGACUGACGGGGUCAUUCAUUUGGCAUCUGAUUUGAGCUUCGGAAGUAACCCCGAAGAGGUCAUCCCGUGGGUUGUCCAAGCUACGCUCAAUUUAUUGGAGAUCUCUUCGCAAGUAAGCACCGUUAAGAGAGUUGUCUUGGCUUCCUCUUCCAGUGCGACAUAUUCGCUCUCCCCGGAGCCCAACGGGCGACAGCUGCAAGUCGAUACUUGGAACGAUGACUCUGUGAAGGCUGCGUGGAAUGAUUCAACACCCAAGGAAAAGAAAGGAGUUGCUGUAUACGCAGCCUCCAAGACGGAAGGAGAGCGACGGUCCUGGAAAUGGAUGGAAGAGCAUCGGCCUCAAUUUGAAUUCAACACGGUUCUACCGUGUUUUGUUGUGGGCAAAAUCCUUCACCCCGAAAUUCCGGGCUCGACGAUGGGCUGGGUGAGAAAACUUCUCGAAGGCGAUGACACGGCGCUUUCCCAAUUUCCCGAACAAUGGUAUGUUGACGUCGAGGAUACUGCUCGACUUUGCGUUCUUGGUCUUCUCGAUCGAACCGUCACAUCCGAACGAAUCUUUGCCUUUGGAGAGCAAACGAACUGGACAGAUACCAUCAGCAUGCUCCACCAACUCCGACCAAACAACAAGAGUAUCCCAUCUCCGCCUGAGAACGAGGUUAGGGAUCAGACUGAGGUUAUUCCACGCGCCAGAGCGGAAGAUCUGCUUCGAGCUUUUUACGGCGUUUCUGGCUUCACCUCUGUCAAAGAUAGUCUUGCCAAGGGUAUUGAUGGGCGGUAA